ACUUUCUCUCAGAGGUGCGAAAGGUUUUCUGGGGGCACGCGGUGGUUAUUCCGUCUUUCGGUAGCAAGUGAGGCAGUGUUUGCGUUCUAAUCUAAAACAGUAACGACCCCUUGUCAGUGCAACGUUCGCGUUACCGAUAUUCAAAGUACCUGCAUCUUUCGCGCUUAUAAAGAAGAGCCCGUGAAGUUUCCGUUAACUUUAAAGACGCCGUCAAAGUGAAAUGUUACAGAGCGAUGGCUUUUCAAAUUAAAACAGUGAUAGUUAUAUUGUUUUUCGCGCUACACACCGGCACGCCUGCGCAUUUUUCCAAACCGUUAUAUGGAUGGUGGUUGGAAAACUUAGUAUCUAUCGGGACGGAGGCUGUGGACAAAGAUGUUCAAGUUGUUUAUUUGCCAAAGCUUGUGCCCAGGGAGGCGCUAUCGUCCGAAUCAAAACAGGACGAUGUUCCUUUUUCCUACAGUUUCAAUGCUUUUGGAAGAGAUUUCGAUUUGCAAUUGGUGCCAAAUAGACGCUUGCUAGCACCGCAGUUCCGUGUGUGGUCUGAAAAAGGGGAAGAAGAACCUCUAUCCGAUGUAGACGCUAGCUGCCACUAUCUUCACGCAGGAACCGACUCUGUUGCUGCCUUCUCCGCUUGUAAAGACCAUGCGCUGCACGGCCUUAUCGUAACGGACAAUUCCACAUAUGAGGUACGUCCUUUGCCACGCGGGGGGCGGGCGGAAAUGAAGCAAGGCCGCGCUGCUCACAUCAUCCGGCGAGCCGCGCCGCCACCGCUGACUCAUAACGACGCCAGACCAUUACGCCACGGCCCGCGGAGACCACGUGUCUACCCGUCAAAGCCUGCCCCCUCAUCCUACACUAUUGAAAUUGCCCUAUUCCUCGACGAGUCGGCGUAUAAGAUCUUUCAUCCGUACCUCAACCACAAUGAAGGCGAACUUCGUGAUAUGCUGUUGGCUUAUAUUAACGGCGUGCAAGCUCUCUACCAUCACCCGUCGCUGGGAACCCGAAUUCAGCUUUCGUUGGUGCGGCUGACGCUACUUCGCUCUCAGCCAAGUGGACUACCACCCCAUGCAGAGAGAGGCCGGCUUCUUGACUCCUUCUGUGCUUACCAACGGUCACUCAACGUAGAAGAUGAUGACGACCCUCAACAUUGGGAUAUGGCUCUGCUCUUGUCAGGAUUGGACUUCUACUCCGAGGAAGGCGGUCGACGCAAUGGCGUAACCAUGGGCCUAGCACCUGUCGGCGGCGUUUGUCUGCCCGCCCAUGCUUGUGUAGUAUCAGAAUUCGGCACCACAGACACUCUGGGCAGACCCUAUCCAUCAGCCGGCUUCACAUCCGUCUACAUUCUAGCUCAUGAAAUAGGACACAAUCUGGGCAUGCAUCACGAUGGAUCAGGAAACUCGUGCGCAAGGGACGGUUUCAUAAUGUCUCCAUCUCGUGGAACUAACGGAGAGGCAACAUGGUCACACUGCAGCGCACGCGUCGCGGCUGAUUUGCAAUGGGCGACAUGUCUUUUUGAUGGUGAUGAUGAUUUGGACACCCCGAAGGAACUUCAGCAUAGCAGAUUUGGGGGCUAUCCCGGUAUGAGUUGGGGUGCCAAGAAACAAUGUGAGGUACUACUGAGAGACAAGGACGCAUCUCCAGUAGAUAGUGGCAGCGGUAUCUGCGCUCAACUCACCUGCAGGACUCCGCAUCGUGCUGGGUUUUAUUACUCUGGGCCUGCUCUGCCAGGGACCUCUUGUGGUCAUGGAAAGUGGUGUGACGGCGGUACUUGUAUGCUAGUGGAUCCAUCAUACAAACCAACCGAGACGCCAUCUAGUGGCACUAGCUGGAGUGUAUGGACUUCUGGAGAGUGUAAGUCGGGGUGCACAUACAAAGGCCGUGGAUCAAAGGAGCGAAGGAGAUCCUGUCCUGCUGCAGCUAGCUGUGAAGGUGCUUCGUAUGACGUCGCACUAUGUGAAGACACUAAGGUUUGCGGUAAGAAAACUCGAGUCAGUGCAAACGAGUUAGCUGCCAGAAAGUGUACAGAAUAUGCUUCAAUGGUUCCAACGUUGGAUUCACGCGGCGGCGGCCUUCAGGCCCCACAUGACCCCACUCGUAUGUGGAUGGGAUGUGCAAUAUUCUGUAGACGAUCUGUUGGAGGUGGCUUUUACGCCCCACGUGUGGAACUGAAUGACGCCGGCCUGGACCCUUACUUUCCUGACGGCACUUGGUGUCAUUACGAUGGUUCCACUAACUAUUACUGUCUACAGCAUCAUUGCUUACCGGAGAACUUUAAAAUGACAGCACAGUAUCACAUUUGGGAGCUACCAAGCGAAGAUGUUGGUGGUCCAUUUAACGCUAGAGCCAGGGCUGUUUCUGACGAUGAAGACUACCUCGCAGCAUUACGUUCUUACCUGUCAGUGGAUGAUAAGGGUACGCCGUACGCUCGCGCAGCAAUACCGCCGCAAAUGCCUGAAGACCCAGAAGAUAACUGGGAAGUGAUAGAUUACGUAGAUAUACCGAAAAAUGAUACAAAGUCACCUUAAAACGGCAUCUUAGCAAAGCCUAGAAUACACGCGUAAUGCAUUUUGUCUUCUCUUUAAAGUAGGGAAAAAAUACAUAGCGUAACUUCAAGAAUGCGUCCUUGAAGUUUGUUUUUAAAUUAGCUUAUACGCCUUAAAGGCAUUACAGUAUUAAUAUAAGCUCUAUAUUUAUAUGGUACAUAAAAUAUAGAGAUUUACCUAACGGAGCUAUCUAAAACAAUCUACAAAACGUGAGCAUUUAUUAGGAUUAAGUUCGUAGACAAGUAAUUUACGACGUACAUCGGUAUAGUUUUAUAAUUUUUAGUUUAUUGCACAAAUUCUGUAUAACUUAUAUUUUGCAUAAUAUUUGAAAAUUUUUAAUGUAUUUUAUUAUAUCUAGGUUAUUAUAGGGGUAUGAAUUAUUUUAU